UGUGAGCUGACGCUGUGCAUUCACUGCUGUGAGCAACUGAAGUUCGUGCCCUAUCUCUGCACGUCCAGUUAACGUUUGAAAGGCUUUUUUUUAUUAUUAUUAUUAAAGAACAGACAGAGUAGGUGUAGCUUGGGUCCGUCAUAGCAUUCAGUUGUGAUGCACCAACAGUAAAAAGUGCGACUAUACGAGUUAAUUCAAAGGACGAACAUUUUCAAAGGAGAAUUUAUUUGAAUUUGCCCAUGGCACAUCAAGCACUUAUGGAAUGUUACAGAAUCGGGAUUGUAAUGAUGUUACUGACGACAAUCUGCUGCCAGACAGCUCCUGAAUGCUUCCCUGGUGGGCAUCAAAUCCUCCAGAACCCUUACAGGAGUGUCAGCUUUGAUUCACAGAGACUUCAGCAGUCAGCUAUACAGGAUUUAAUAUGCGACCAUUCCUUAAGUCCAGGAUGGUACCGAUUUCAGAUUUUUGAUAAACCAGCUGACAUGCCAACUAAAUGUGUGGAGAUGCACCACUGUGGAACUCAGGCCCCAGUGUGGCUGUCACUGCGAGACACUGAAUCCUUGCCUCGUCCUGGGGAGGUCAAGCAGCUCACAGCCUGUGCCACAUGGCAGUUUUUCUUUAGCACUACAAAGGACUGCUGCCUCUUUCGGAUCCCUAUCAGUGUGAGGAACUGUGGAGACUUCAAUGUGUAUCUACUUCAGCCCACCCAGGGAUGCAUGGGGUACUGUGCAGAAGCGGUUUCAGACUCAAAGGAAGAAAUCUGUGGUCCUGAGAAAGUAGAAGCUGAUGGAAUGUGUAAAGGUGAUCGCCCUCCUUCACCCACAAUUCCUGAAGUAGUGGCAGAGCUUGCUGGCGGUAAUAUUUAUCUCAAGUGCUCCUUUGACAGCCCCAGUACAAACAGCUCUCUUGGGCACAUUGUUGCCUGGACUAGACUUUCCCCGGAUGGAACUAAAGAAGAACUUAAACAGGAGACAACAGUGCAGACAAUAUCUUUUCUAGAACUGGAUGGAAUAAACCUUCGACUUGGAGACAAGAUUUAUUGUCAUAGCUCCAGCUUCUUUUUGGAAACUCCAGAUGUUCAAGGACCUUCUGUGGAAAGCAGUGAAUUCUUUGCUGGUAUUAAGCUGCACCCUGAGACCCACACUGUGUCAGAAGAUGGCAAGGAAUAUAAACUGAGGGUUGAGAGCACAGUACCCAUUUUGUGCUCGUCUUUUGGUCAAUUUGAAGAGGAAUGCAAAGUCUCUCUCAAACUGAGCACAAUCAAUCAAGGCGCUGAACAAUUUGGACAAAAUGUGGUCAUUUCUUCGUGCCACGUGGAACUCCUGCAGGCUUCGUGCCAUGAAGGGACUUGCGCUUCGGCUACUGUUUAUUUCACAGGAGUGAUGGACUUUGUACAGGAUGGAGACAGAGAAACUGAAAUUGCAGUGCAGCCUAUUAUUAGUGAUAACUUUCUGUGGAAUGGCUAUACUCCACAAGGCACCAAGAUUGCAGUUAAGGAUAUUCCCUCUGCUUAUUGCUACUCCUUUACAGACCCUCACAUUAUUACUUUUGAUGGCAGGAAGUACGAUAAUUAUAAAACUGGAACCUUUGUACUGUAUAAGAGCACGGUCCGAGAGUUUGAAGUGCAUGUCCGCCAGUGGGACUGUGGAAGCCUUCAUUACCCAGCUUCAUGUAUCUGUGGCUUCGUAGCCAGAGAGAAUGGUGACAUAAUUGCAUUUGAUAUGUGCAAUGGUCAGCUACAUGAGACUAGGCCACACCUGUCAGUGAAGAACAGAGACAUUGCUAGUAAUGGUGUCCGAAUCACUGAGUCCUACCAAGGAAGAAAAGUAACGAUCACAUUUUCUUCGGGAGCUUUUAUCCGGGCUGAUGUAGCAGAUUGGGGGAUGAGUUUAACCCUUAGAGCUUCAGGUUCUGACUAUAGACAUACCACAGGCUUAUGUGGUACAUUUGAUGGGCAGACUGAGAAUGAUUUUCACAGUGCAGAUGGUAGCAUCAUACUUCAAGAUCCUGUAGCAUUUAUUGAUGAAUGGAGAGUUGCACCUGGAAAGAGUUUGUUUGACAACACACCUUCCUCUAGAAGUUCACCAAAGAAAGGGCCCUAUUGUAGCUGUGGAAGCGAAUCACUGGAGACACAUCAAUCUGCUAACAAGCUGGAUUUGUUUCCCAAGGCAGGGUUUCCUUCAUCUUGCACAAACAGUGGACAUGUAAGACUGUCAACAUUAAUACCAGUCCUGGACAUCACAGCAGAAUAUAUGAACUCAGUCGAACUGAUCAGGGGAUUAGACAGGCGAGAUGCUGAGACAGAACAUUCAGAGUCUCCAGGGUCACUUUUGGAAGAAGCACAUCAUCUGAACCAAAGUCAGUUUAAAGGAGCCAUAUCGGGACAUGGAAAUCCUUUUUUUCAUCCCAGUAGAGACAGCAACAUGGAAAAACAUACUCGCAGCAGGGCAUCCAAAAGACAUGACAAUCCCCACCAUGAAAAACAAGCAGGUCAAAACAGAUGGAAACGGCAAGAAUUUUAUGAAUAUCUCUCCACAUUUCCAUACCAGAGUCUCAGCCAAACCGAUGUGGAAGGCUUCACUUAUUUCUUCCCUGAAGACCACACAGCUGAUGCAGUCUCUGAUACCCUGCCUGCCUGGCCCACCCUUUCUGGGUUGACUGAAUCUAGAGCCACUGAGCUGUGCCAACAUACCAUAGUCAACUCUAGCAUAGGCACGGGAUGUGGGAAUCUCCUUGGAAAAAGAAUUUUGGAUGUUGUAGACAUGUGUGUUCUAGAUCUGCAGCUCAAGGAUGACCUCAGCUGGUCAACGGCAGGCUUGCCAUUGCUAGAGAAUGACUGUGAAAGGAAGCUUUUGGAAAAUGGUGGCCUAGGUGAUAUGGAAGAUGUACUGUCAUUCCUAAAAUGCCCAAACCUUUGCAAUGGGAAUGGGCAGUGUGCUGAGUGGGGCUGUGUAUGCUGGCCAGGCUUCGGCUCAUAUGACUGCAGUGUUUUAUCUGAUCAGCUUCCGGAAAUCACUGAGCUGGAAAAUGCUGGACUGUGUGAUGUUCGUCAGUAUGACUGCACUUCUGUGAGGGUGUUCGGUCAGAGUUUUAAGGAUUCUUUUGAGAAGAAAUGUGAAGUUGUGAAGGAACAGUACAUUUCUGGGGAGUGGAUUCUAGGAGAGCCACGACUUACAACAGCUACCUUCCUAAGUAACACACUAUUGGAUUGUCAGUUACCUGCAGAGAAUGGCCAUUCGUCAGACAGUUUGAACAUUGACAUGGUUGAUGAUAAGCCAAUUGCUAGGUGGCAAAUCAAAGUUUCUACUGAUGGAUAUGGGUACAGUAACCCAAAGACAUUAACGAUAUUUGAUGGGGCUUGUCAAGUCUGUGAACUCAACCGUUCUGAUGGACUAUGCACAUUAAAGGAAAAGACUUGCAAUAUAGAUGGACUGUGCUAUGGAGAAGGUGAUAUUAACCCUACCAGCCCCUGCUUGCUGUGCAGGCCAGAUUUAUCCAAAUUCACAUGGUCAAUUACUGAAAAAAAUGAGCCACCAAUUUUCCAGCCUUCGCAAGCAAGACUAAAAACCUUCUAUGGAGAGAAUUUUGUGUACCAGUUUCUGGCAUCUGAUCCAGAAGGUUCCGCUGUUCUUUUUACACUGGACUCAGGACCAGAAGAUGCAGUUCUCUCACCUGCAGGACUUCUCAUUUGGAAAGCAGUGUCACACACUUCACAGAUAUUCAUAUUUUCUGUGACAGAUGACUGUAAUGCUGAAACCACAUCAUCUGUGGAGGUUGCUGUAAAGCCCUGUGAGUGCUUGAAUGGAGGAUCUUGUGUAACAAAUAUCAACUUUCCUCCUGGAUCUGGAGAGUACCUCUGCGUCUGCCCUAUUGGUUUUGAAGGAGAAAGCUGUGACAUUAACAUUGAUGAUUGUGAGUCAAAUCCAUGUAGUUUGGGCAAGUGUGUGGAUGGUCUGAACACUUACUCUUGUGAAUGCCCUUCUGGGUUGAAAGGUAAAAAUUGUGAAGAAGAUACUGAUGAAUGCAAAUCUAAACCUUGCUUCCCGGGUGUUCAGUGCAAGAACACACUUGGUACUUAUGUGUGUGAUUUGUGCCCACCAGGAUUUCAUGGAGAUGGUACAACUUGCAAAGUUGAAAGAAGUGGUGUGGAAAUCCCUGAGUUUUCUGAGGAUGAUGAAUAUGACUUUGAGGAAGAGGAUGAUGCAAAGGGAGACAAUGAGGAAGAUCAUAAAAAUGAUUAUGAUGAUGACUAUGACGUUAAUUCUGAAACUGAGAACACUGCCCUAUACACCAGUAUUCCUGAUGAAGUGACAGGUGGUGGACAGCAAGGUUCUUCUGCUUCAUUUUGUUCUACAGGUGUUAUACAUGGGUGUUCCAGCAAUCCCUGUUUCCCUGGAGUACAGUGCUUUGAGCAUACACCACCAGAGGUGGGGUUUGCUUGUGGACAUUGCCCAUCAGGAUUUCUUGGGAAUGGGCAUAGCUGCAGUAGGAUGCCAGUGAUUGGGAGACAACCAGCAAUGGUUCUUCCAUUCACUACUGCAAUCACUACCACAUCAAAUGGAAACCCUGCUGGUCCUCACAGGACCUCCGACACUCAAUCUAAUGACCCAAAAUCCAUUGGACACAGCUCAGCUAGUAGGCUAGUAAGACCACAACAAAGACCUACUGUGCAAAGUGGAGUGGUAACUUCCUCCCAGGGGACCAGAACUUUACAACCUGAGAAAACUUUUGAAGCAAAACCUAAAGCAGAAAGACCCCUUUCAAGCAAGAAGAAAGUGUCACUUAGCAACACAAGCAAAGGAAAUAAACCCAGAGAUGGAGUGUCAGGAAACAAAGGCAUUCCAAGGGCUAACGUUCCUGCAACUACACAGAAAGGUUCAUCGGGGAAAUCUGGCUCGUCUGGCAUUGCUUCCCUACCAGAAUUGAUUGAAGAGGAGACACCAUCAAAGACUAUGACUUGUGCAGAGUCCCCAUGUUUCCCUGGGGUUCCUUGUGAGCCGACCCAUCAAAUGAAAUUUAAAUGUGGUCGCUGCCCAUAUGGUUAUUCUGGAGAUGGAGUAAACUGCAAAGCCAUCUGCCGAUAUCCUUGUGGCAAAAAUAUGGAGUGUACAUUGCCAAAUACCUGCAAAUGCAAACCUGGAUACAUGGGAUAUAACUGUCACAUUGCUGUGUGCCGCCCAGACUGUAAGAAUCGUGGAAAAUGUAUAAAGCCCAAUGUGUGUGAAUGUGCUCUAGGAUAUGGGGGUCCAACUUGUGAAGAAGCCAAUUGUGAUCCACCGUGCCAACACGGAGGCACCUGCCUGGCGAGAAACCUCUGCACAUGCCCAUAUGGUUAUGUUGGACCAAGAUGUGAAACGAUGGUUUGUAACAGACACUGUGAUAAUGGAGGCGAAUGCAUUUCCCCAGAUGUCUGCAAGUGUAAGGCAGGCUGGUAUGGGCCUACAUGCAGCUCAGCUGUUUGCAGUCCGGUAUGCCUGAAUGGUGGAGCAUGUAUAAAACCAAAUGUAUGCAGCUGCCCCAGUGGAUUUUAUGGAUCUCAGUGCCAAAUUGCUGUUUGCAGUCCACCAUGUAAGAAUGGUGGCCAUUGUAUGCGUAACAAUGUUUGUUCCUGCCCAGAUGGCUACACUGGAAAGAAAUGUCAAAAAAGUGUUUGUGAUCCACUUUGUAUGAAUGGGGGGAAGUGUGUGGGUCCUAAUGUCUGUUCAUGCUCUUCUGGAUGGAGGGGGAAAAGGUGUAAUAUCCCUGUCUGCCUGCAGAAAUGUAAAAAUGGAGGAGAAUGUGUGGGACCCAAUACUUGUCACUGUCUUGGUGGAUGGGAAGGGUUGCAGUGCCACACACCCCUCUGUAAGCAGAGAUGUCUGUAUGGUGGCAGAUGCGUGCUUCCAAACAAGUGUGCUUGUCGCCCAGGAUACACUGGAGAUACAUGUGGGAAAAAGGUACAAGCUCAGCUUGGAUAAAUGGGAUUUAGUACCUAAUGCGGCCACCCCCAAUAACAUACACAUAACAAUUGCAAGGGAAAAGGGCAUACUUUCAGAUUUUUUGGCACUGGGUUAUAUGACUUCCAUGUUAAGAGCACAUGUGAACUAUUUAUUUUAGUAUAUUUUUUUAAUUUUAGAAACCAAACUUUUUUCCUUUGUAUUCCUUGUGUAUGUCUUGUUCUCAGUACCUCAUGGUACAGCAUCUGUAGUGUUCUCCUAAAUGAUUAUUCAUUUGGAAGAAGGAUGGGAAAUACAAAUCCCCACUGAGAAUGUUAUCAGGUGUGGUUUCAAGCCAUGAAGUGUGUGGGUUUCGAGUGUAUGUAUUUUAUAACUGUCACAGUUUCUACAGACUUCUUUUAAUGUUCACUCAUGUUUUGUCUACAGUGCUUUUAUUUGAUAGUAUUUUUGUUUUUGUUUUUAGCAAUGUAAUAUCUGACAGUAAGAUGACACAGACUGUACAUUUGCAUCCAGUAAUGGACUUUUCUAGGCAUAUACUCUGUACUGGUAUUCUAAAAAAAAAAAAAAAAGAAUACUACGUCUGAAAAAUCCUGGUGACCAAAUCUGUUGGCCAAAUUACAGCAAACUGAAUAUUUGUGACAGGAUUGCCUAUACAUUAGAUAUAUGUUUCAAUACAUUCUUGAAUUGAUUGGGAAACAUUUAUUUCACCCACACAAUGGUUAGAAAUGUCAGAACCUUCCCAGUUUGAAUUUUAACAGGGCGGAAAGAAUUAUCACCCCUUACAAUUUGUUUGAACAUAUGCCUGCUGAUCUUAAUCUGACCUGCACAUUAUUUCAUUGGUCUGUCAGCAUUGCUUUGAUAUAUUUAGUACUGCUAUUAGGCCAUUUUAUUAUACUGUCAUUUUAUGUAAACCCUUUCAAAUGAUUUCUAUCAUUAUACCAUGUUCUUCCCAAAAAAAGAAAUUAAACAUGUGACACAGGCAUGUUUCCUGAGACCAUUCUUACAGGGUUCAACAUGAAUAAGUCAGUGUGAACCUCCAAUCAGCUAGGACAUUAAAUUAAUCACAAAUUAAUACUUAACAGUUGCUAUGUAAAACUUGUAUAUAUGUAUUUAAAUAUUGACUAAAACAAACCCAUUGUAUUUUUGUUUAUUUUUAUUGG